GAUAGGUGAAGUCGUUUAUCGGAGGUGAACGUAUCGGUGGUGUUCGCGCGCUCUUCGUUCCUUUCUUCCUGUUUCUCUCACACGGGGCGUCGUCAUCGCCGUCGUCGUUGUCGUCAUGGGCGGAUGUACUUCGAAGGAUACCACCUCGAGCGACGACAAAAAAACUAACAACAUGGUUGACCAGGCAGUUCUGGACAAGCUUGAAGCUGGCUUCAACAAAUUGGCUGCAUCCGACAGCAAAUCCCUGCUGAAGAAAUAUCUGACCAAGGAGGUCUUCGAUCAACUGAAGACGAAGAAGACUUCCUUUGGUUCCACUCUGCUGGAUGUGAUCCAGUCCGGUGUCGAGAACCUGGACUCUGGCGUCGGUAUCUACGCCCCCGAUGCUGAGUCUUACACAGUUUUCGCUGACCUCUUCGACCCCAUCAUCGAGGACUACCAUGGUGGCUUCAAGAAGACCGACAAGCAUCCACCCAAAGAUUUUGGCGAUGUUGACACCCUUGGAAAUCUCGACCCUGCUGGUGAAUUCAUAGUCUCCACUCGUGUGAGAUGCGGACGAUCCAUGGAGGGAUACCCAUUCAACCCUUGCUUGACCGAGGCUCAGUACAAGGAGAUGGAAGACAAAGUCUCCAGCACUCUGUCUGGCUUGGAGGGCGAACUGAAGGGAACGUUCUAUCCCUUAACUGGCAUGAGCAAAGAGGUUCAGCAGAAGCUGAUCGACGACCACUUCCUCUUCAAGGAGGGUGAUCGUUUCUUGCAGGCCGCCAAUGCUUGCCGCUUCUGGCCCACUGGCCGUGGUAUCUACCACAACGACGCCAAGACUUUCUUGGUAUGGUGCAACGAGGAGGAUCAUCUCCGUAUCAUCUCUAUGCAGAUGGGCGGUGAUCUUGGACAGGUGUACCGUCGUCUUGUGAGCGCCGUGAACGAGAUUGAAAAGCGAGUCCCGUUCUCUCACAACGACCGUCUCGGUUUCCUGACCUUCUGCCCGUCGAAUCUGGGCACCACGGUGCGCGCCUCCGUGCACAUCAAGCUGCCCAAGCUCGCCGCCAACAGGGCGAAGCUCGAGGAGAUCGCUUCUAAAUUCAACCUCCAGGUCCGUGGUACUCGCGGCGAGCACACCGAGGCGGAGGGCGGCAUCUACGAUAUUUCCAACAAGCGACGUCUCGGUCUCACCGAGUACCAGGCUGUGAAAGAGAUGCACGACGGUAUCGCCGAGCUGAUCAAGAUCGAGAAGGAACUUUAAAGCCACCACUAACCGACAUCGCGACAAUUUCCCUUCCCCCAGUUCACCCUUUAGACGUUCUUGACGCAUCGAGGACCCUCUUUGACAAACGAAGCGAAGAUACAUCAUCAGUGUUCGCACUGAUCGCUGAAAGACGAACGAAUGAAGAAGCGCUUCAAGUUGCUUGGAAUAAAGGUUAUAUUUCACGUUUGUUUAAUCAAAUUGUCCGAAAGAGAACACAAAUUGUGUUCCAAGUAAUAAGACAGAGAAUGAAAAACGAUUUCUAGAAGAUUUCGAAAGGAGGACAUUUUCGAUCCACGUAGACGUGGAAUUCAAAAAAAUUGGGGCAAGAUGUCCCAGCCCAGUCCUCGUUAUUUUAGAUGCCACUUUAUUCGUCCUCGGUGUGCCAAGAUCUGUGCAGCUACAAGCGGGUUCUUAGAGUUCCAAGCAGGCGGCGGAAUGCUCUGUUCGCGUCACGGAAUCCAGAAGUCCGCGUGGUCGAAUCGAAAGAUCCGUUGUUGAUGAUUUCAGUUUCCAAAAGUCUGGAAUUCGCGGUCGCGGACGGGUUGCUUCCGCUAGAUUAGUAUGUCUCCACGGUCUCCUCCCUCUUACACGCGUUAUAAUUAUUAUUACUAUUAUUAUUAUUAUUAUUAUUAUUAUUAUUAAUGUCUUUAUUAUUAUUGUCUCUUAUGUUGACUCAAGUUCCUUUUUAUUGAUCCAUACGAUUAGAUGAAAAAAAAAACAAAUACCGGCAAAGAGAAGAGGAAACAAAACGUGAACAGCUUGUAUUAUACGUUAAUACAAUGCAUACUAUAUGUUCAACAGUAUUUUGAUUUCGUUUCACCUGUUUUAUCUAAAGACAUGUAAUCCAGGAUGUAGAAAAAUACACGCAGUAUUCUUUCA